AUGUCAUUGAUCCGAUCAGCAAGCGGCCCAGCAGGUGGUUUGAGCAUCAACACCGGUGCUGCUAACGCCUUCGGAACUGCCGCUUCUAAACCCUCUGCUGCUGGUAGUCUCUUCGGUUCUUCUACCACCUCUACUCCCACCGCCAACACAACAACAGCGCCAGGCGCAACAGGCACCAUGUCUCUCUUUGGCAACGCUGCGCAAAAGCCUGCGACAGGCAAUCUUUUCGGACAAUCAACGGCAGCGACAACAACUACGCCCGCAGCUGGCGGUGGUCUCUUUGGCGCUGCCGGCGCUACAAACACUCAACAGACGCAGAGCACAGGUACUGGGCUCUUUGGCAAUGCUGCCACCAACACCCAACAACAAGGUCAGCAGCAGACUGGAACUGGUCUAUUUGGUCAGAAGCCACAAAUUUCAGGAGCUCACUGGGGACCUUCAGGAAACACAGCGCAGUCUACAACGACCGGCACCGGCCUCUUUGGGCAAUCAACCCAAAAUCAAACUCAGCAGCCUCAACAAACAGGCACAGGUCUAUUCGGCCAAUCUGCAGCGACAAAUACACAGAGCAACACAGGAGGACUUUUCGGCCAAUCCCAAGCGAAGCCCGCUACAGGUACUGGUCUGUUUGGUCAAACACAACCUCAGCAGAACAACACCCUAGGUCAAUCCACAAGCCAAGUUUCAGCCGUUCAAAUCAACUAUGACAGCAUCCGUCCACGGACCCGUUUCGAUGACCUCGCUAAGCCCGUACAAGAUGAAAUUGCGUUGCUGGACAAGGGUAUUCAACGAGUUAUCAAGAUGCGAGACGAGAUUGGCGAGUUCAUGCCCCAGCACGAGAAGGAUAUCGAGCAGCUGGGCCUGGAUGUAAAGUUUGUCGAGUCAAAGUUCCGAACCGUUCAAGUUGCCCUCAACAACGAUAUUCAGACCGUCAAGGCUCUCCAGGAUCAAACCCGAAAGAACGCCGCUGAUGCCCGACUAUGCUUCCGAGGCGCCGAUAACCUCAAACUCCCGACACACUAUCAUCAAACAGGUCUUUUCGCCAGUCAGGCUCCAGCUGCUGAUUCCAGUGGCGCAGAUGCUGCGUCGACACAUGCAGAUGCGCAAGAUCUGAUCACCUACUUCAACCGUAUUUGUGACGAUAUUGAAAAGUACAAGGCUCGCCUCGAUGAGUACCGCGGUGAUAUUGAGCGAGAUAUGCCUGGUGUUGAGAACGGCCUUUAUGAGCAAAUCCGAGCUCUACGCGACCGUAGCGCAGGCAGCAUAGUCGUCCAGGAUCAACUGAAUGAGGUGUUAUUGGCGCUCAGAGAUACAGGAAGUGCGAUUGUUGCUCAGGCUGGACAGAUUGCCGACACUCGAGAACGGCUAUCGCGCCUCCAGGCUGGUAUUGUGGACAGUGGAGUUUACGCCAUGGGCAUGAAUGCUUAG